ACUGACAGGAUGUGCAGGUGCAGAAGCGGGAGAUGGGGGCUUCCAGGCGGGUAACCUUAGAAUGUGGUGACAGCGGAUAAAAACGGAUCAUAAGUUUACCAUUGCAUUUAUAAUGCAAAGAAGAAGGGAGACUUUCACUUGCUGAACGACAUGAGGUUGAUUAAAUCUGUGCAAGGCGCCUCAUAAAGCCACUUGGCAUACCCGAAACCGAAUGAAAUGAUAAGCAGCCGGAGUGCAACAGAUUACCGGUCUGGCUUAGGGGAUCAUGGCUACUCCAGAGAGACUCAGCGGCCUGCUGAGAUUCAGAAACUCCUUGUGGAAUUCCGGACCCUUUACCACGAGCGCCUUCGACGCAUUGACCAAUCGGAUGACAGCCGGGAGGAGGCUCUGCAGAGCAAGGUGGGCGUGCUACAGUCGUUUGUGCGGGACCUGAGUGAGCAGAAUGAGGUUCUGAUCCAGGCGCUGGAGGCUGAGGAGGCGGAGGGCCGGGCGGUGGAGGGGAGAACAGCCAGCCUACACAAAGAGCUGGAGCGGCGCCUAUCCUUGGCUCUGUGCCCGAUGCCAGUGGACCUCGCGGGAACCACGGCAACGUUCUUCCGGACCCCUGGAGAAAUGGCAGACCAUUACAGGGAUGCGCAGACACACCUGUCUACCCAGGAUGCUAUACUUCAGCAGCUCAAAGAGGCCUGUCUAUCUCAGCAGGAAGCCCAGGUUAAAGUGGAGGAGCGUGAAGCCCAGGUCCAGGAGCUGCAGGACACCAUCACAGAGCUGCACCAGGAGAUGACCAGGAAGGACCAGGACAAGCUGACACAGCUGCAGGAGCUCCACCAGCUGGAGAGCAGGGUGAAGCAGCUCACUGACCAGGUCAGGAGCUCUGAGGAGACCAUUGGCCAGCUGAGACAGGAGGUGGCUGUUAGAGUGGGCAUCAGCAGCGCAACCCUGUGUGGGGGCGUGAGUACAGCAGGGAAAGGGAGUACUACUGACCCGACAGGAUCCAGUCCAGUCCCACAUCUUACAGAACAGAGGGGCAGAGAAUUGCUGAAGACUGAGUUAUCAUGUCGGGACGCAACCAUCCAGAGGCUCCGGCGAGAUGUGCUGCUCUCCCACCAGGCCCGUGACUCCCAGUCUGCUCAGCUGGAUGUCCAUGGGCAGAGGAUCUCUCAGCUGCAGACGGAGCUACAGGAGAGCCACCUGGAGCUCCAGAGGGGACACAGCCGAAGAGAGCAGCAGCAGAGGGACCUGCAGACCCAGACACAGCAGGCAGAGGAGCUCCACACUCAGCUGGCUGAGGUCAAAGGGCGUCUUGUGCAGGUGGAGGGAGAAAAUGAGGCACUCAUGGGAUAUAAGCGGGAGCAGGGAGCCGAGGUGGAAAGGCUGGCAGUGGUGGUGUGUUCUCUGCAGAGCUCGGCCAGGGAUAGAGAGGGCACAGAGAGUGUCCAGGCCGAGCGGAGGUGUGUGGACCUGGAGGGGGAGCUGACAGAGACCCGUGCCCAGCUCACGGAGUGCCAGGACAGGCUACAGGAAGCCAGGAGGAGGGCUGAGGAGCAGACCCAGAAGUUCCAGGCCAAGGUGUCCAGUCUGAAGAGCCAGCAUGGCUGUGUUAGUCAGCAGCUGCAGGACAGGAGUGCUGAGGUGCAGAGGCUUCAGAGGUCAUUGGCUGAGCUACAUGGACGAGAGAUGGAGUGGGAGAGAGAGACAUCUGCCCUGCAGGGCCAGCUGGGCCAUGCCAGAGAGGAGCUCCACAGCGCCAUCCUCAGGAGGCAGGCACAGCAACAGAAGGAAGAGCUGUUUGGUGAGCUGCAGAGGGAGGUGGACAGACUGAAGAAUGAGAGACAGGAGAUGGGAAAAAAGCUUUGUGGUAGUGAAGAGGAGCUGAAGAGGCUGAGAGACGAGCAGCAUCAGCUCAAGGACAAGGUGAGGGAGAGUGAUGUGCAGGCUGUGUGGCUGCAGAGCCAGGCUGACGUGGUGGGUCGGGAGCUGUGGGAGAAGAGUGCCCAGCGGGACAGGGAGCUGUGGGAGUGGAGGGACCGCUACCAUGCUGCUUCAGAGGGACUUAGGCUGAGGGAGGCUGGGCUUGAGGAGGUGCAGAGGGCCAGGGACACGGCCCUCAGAGGCCUGAGACUACAGGAGGAGAAGACCCACAGUCUGGGGGCCCAGAUGCAGGAGCUGCAGCACAGCCUGGAUGGCCUACAGGGCAGGCUUGCCCAGAAGGAGGAGAUGGUCGUGGCUCUCAGAGUGAAGCUGCAGGACCAUGAAGAAGACGCCCGCGUUCUCCGCCAACAGCUGCUCUCCUCCCAAGAUGCACUGCAGCAAGUUGCUGCCGAGCUGAGGUCAUGUAAAAGAGAGAGGGAGAAGCAGGAUAGCCAGUGUGUGGAGACAGAGGAGAGACUGGCUGAGAUCAGAGUUGAUCUGGUCCAACUACAGCAGCAGUAUACCACCUGCUAUGCCCAGCUGGUCCAGGAGGAGGCUGGGAUGGGCAGGCUGAGGGAGGAGCUGCGUGAGGUGGGGGAACAGAGGGACAGACUGGCCUUUCAGGUGACAGAGAACCAGGACCUGAGCCAUGACCUGGACCUGCUCAAUGAGAAACACAAGGCUGCACAGCAUGAGGUGACCAACAGGGAUGAGACAGUGCUGAGACUGACCACAGAACUGAGCACCGCUCAGGAACACCUGAAAUCAGCUCAGGAUGAGCUGUCAGUGCAGGCUCAGCAGGAGCAGGCCCUUGGAGAGGAGGUGCAGAGGCUGCAGAAGGAGGUGAGCUGUCUCAAGGGCAGCCUGAGUCAGAGAGAGGAGGACAUGGAGGCACAACUACAGACAACUGGCCAGCUACAGCAGGAGAGGGACAGCCUGCUCACACAGCGGGACAACCAGCAGGGGGCAGUGUGUGUUCUGCGUGGGGAGCUGCAGCGGUGGCAGGCGGAGGCCCGGGCUCAGCAGGAGAGCAGGGAGGAGGAGGUGUUGGGGCUGAGGGCUGAGCUACAGGAGACCCAGGGCAGGCUGCAGCAGUGUAGAGCAACCAUGAAGCACCUCCGCUCUGACCUGGAGCACGCCCAGAGACAGACCAGGCAGGCAGAGGAGGAGGCAUCUGAUAGGGAGAACCGUCUGUGGGGCCAGGAGGCAGAGUUGUCCAGGCUGAGGGCUGUGCUGCAGGAGGCUGAGAGCAGAGCAGCGGACACAGAGACCAGGCUGCAGCCCCUGACCCAGUCCCUGGAGCUGUACAGGGUCAAAUACCAGGCCUGCCUCACCAAGAUCUCCCAGCAGGACAGCACUCUACAGGCCCAGGACGAGGACCUGAAGGAAGCCAGGGCUCAGGUGGUGGAGCGGGACGAGCAUGUGCUGCGUCUGUGUGCCCAGGCGUUGGUGUUACAGGGGGAGCUGAAGGCCCACUGUGCCCAGCUGGAGAGCGGGGAUGACGCCCUGAGUGCCCUGAGCCAGCACCUCCGAGACACCCAGAGAGACCUGGAGUCCAGCCGCAAACACAGCCAGGAGUGUGAGAUGGUCAUCAGCACUAUGAGAGACAGCACCGCCGCACUGAGACGACAGGUGGAGGAACAGGAGGAGAGUGUGGUGAAGAGCCAAGCUGAUUUCUCUGUCUACAGAGCCAGUCACAUCCACUCUGACUCAGACUACGACUCACAGCUCUACCGCAUCCAGGAACUACAACAGGCAUUCUCCCAGACCGUGGAGCAGUGUGCCCAGGCUAGCCAGGACCUCAGUGUGUGCCAGUCGGAGGUUCGUCAGCUGAGAGAGGAGGUGUCCAGACUCACCCAGCUCAAGGACAGCACUGUGGCAGAGGUGCUGCGGCUGCAAGAGGCUGGGAGGCAGCUCCAGGCAGAGACCAUGAUGGAGGGCCAGCGCAGGCUGGAGGAGGUGGGAGCUCAAGAGCAGAGGGCUGCCAGGCUGGAGCAGGACCUGCAGGCCGCCCACACCCAGUGUGCCAAGAGACAGCAGGCGGUGCAGAAGCGGGAUAACCUCCUGAGGCGUUCGGAGGCUGACCUGCUGGAGGCCCGGGAGACUCUGAGGAGUCGGGCUGUGGAGGUGGAGCGGCAGGCAGCUGCAGUCAGGGGCCUGGAGGCUGACGUCCAGAGGGCCAGGAGGGAAGGACAGCAGAGAGAGGCCGAGUGUGGCUCUCUCAGGACCCAGCUGAUGACCCUCAGGGAGGAACUAAAGGAGGCCCAGGGACGCUGCAGGGACACGGCCCAGGAGCUGGCUCGUCAGGAGGAGAAGGUGUUGCUGGUGGAGGGGGGGCAGCAUCGGGCACAGGAACACCUGGCAGAGCGGGUGGCAGAGGUGGUGAGGGCAGAGCAGGCCCAGAGGAAGCUACAGGCAGAGCUACGCACCUUAAAGGAGAGACUCCACACCACAGAACAUGAGCUGCAGGGCUACAGGACCCUGGUGGAGAGUCUGAAGAAGGAGGCAGGGGAGAGCAGGCAGGCCCAGCUCAGUGCUCAGCAGGAGGCCAACACACACCAGCAGGGGACUCAGCAGCUGGAGGCAGAGCUGACCACCACCAAGGACACACUCAGGACUCUACAGCAGCAGCUGCAGGAGCAGGCUGAUGCCAGCCGGGCACUGCGGGCAGAGCUGUCCCAGGAGCAGAACAGGCAGCAGGAGCUGCAGGAGAGGAACCAGGGGGCCAGGGAGAGAGAAGCCCAGCUGGAGUCAGAGAGAAACCAGCUCAGAACCAGCAUGGAAGCAGCUCACAGCCAGCUGAGGGAGCGGGAGAGGACUGUGGGGUACCUGCAGGAGCGUGUGGUAGAGCUGCAGAGCACCACCCAGAGGCUGCAGGAGGAACAGACAGCCUGCCAGGCUCAGCUGCAGCAGUGCAGGAGGGAGCUGGAGAGCAGGGAGGGCCACAGCCACGAGAUGAGUGUCCUUCAGGAGACAGUGUCCAGGCUGAGGGAGUGUGUAGAGGAGGCCCAGGCCAGCAGCAGGCAGGGGACCAGGGACACUGCAGCAGCACAACACAGCCUCAGAGAGCUGAGACUGGAGCUGGCCUCCACCCAGGCAUCCCAUAGAGAGAGCAUGGAGCUGCUGGCUGAGCAGAGUGGUGAGGCUGCAGGUCUACGUAGUGAGCUGUCCCGCCUGCAGCAGAGGAGCUCCCAGCUGUCAGAGGAGAGAGGGGGCCAGGAAGAGAGGACCAGGCAGCUGGCUGCAGAACUCCACAGACUACGCACUGCCAGCAGACAGUCACUGGACGAGACUCGGUCCUGUGAGGACAGGCUGGCAGAGCUGAGUGCCCAGCUGGGGAGGUCUCAGCGCUGGGGCCAGGAGCAGCUGGUAGCCCUGGAGAUCCGGGAGGAUGAGGUGGUGCUGAUGAAAGUGGAGAUGGCUUCUUUCAAAGAGAACUACCAUGCCAAGGUGGCCCAGGUGGAUGCCUUACACUCACAGCUCCAUUCCAUGGAGCACAAGUACAGCACAGCAGCUAAUGAGGUGGAGGUGUUGCGCCAGUCUCUGGGUAAUGCUCGUUCAGACAGUUCUCUUCUACACAGGGAGAGUGAGCUGGUGGUAACCAACGUCAACCAGUGGGUGAAGGAGCAGAAGCAAGGCAAUGAAAAACUGAACUUUAAGAUCAAAGACCAGAGCAAAAAGAUCAUCCAUCUCACUGCAGAGAAGGAUCACCUGCAGGAGUGUGUGGAGGGUCUGCAGGAGGAGAUGAAGAGGCUGAAGGCUGAGCUGGAUGAGAGCAGGAUUGAAGCCGAGAGGUUCAGGGCCUCUCCAGCCAGUGUGAGUGACCAGCACCAGCGCAGUGCCCUGGCCAGACUUCCUGUCCAGCUGCUCCACACAGAUGGGGAGACCCUCCCUGCCCCACACCAAGAGGAGAGUUCUAGAGAGACCCAGCAGUUUAGAGAACUGAGCCAGUUCCAGAGCAGAGACAAGCUAGCAGCAGGAGACCUGUUCAGUAGUGUACCGAUCUGCUCUGACUGCGAGAGGAACCUUGAGAGGUCAGGGAGACAACCUGUGGAGGAGGAAGGCUCUGGCUGCCAAUCUGCAUCUGCGCUAGCCCCAGACGCAGCCUGUGUCUGCCUGGCAGGGAGGGGGGCCACGUUUGCUGCGGAGGUGGCCAGAAGAGUGGCCCUUAGGGCCCUGGAGCGCAGACCCCUGCCAUGUGGCCACCACCGCUGGAGCAGACCCCGCUCUCUCAGCUGGGACGGGCCACGCCCUACACAUCUCAGGGAGGGACACUGAUAGUUGCUAGUAUGAACCAGUGAGAAGGGAAGUACAAGUAGUUAUUAUGUUAUUAUGACUCAAGAGAAUACAGCACAAAAAUAUAUAUAUUUGAUUUGUAGUUUGAUAGAUAUGAUUGUAUUAUAUUUAAGAUUAUUUAAUGAGAAUACUAAACUUGAAUACAUUAAUUUCUUUGGUAUUUUCAGUAUAUCCUUUUUUUCCAAAAUCUUAUCUUUGUGGCACAAUAUGUUCUCUUUCCUGUGUUCUCGAUGACUUAAUGUGAUUUUGUGGCACUACUACCUUUGCCUUACAAUUUAUUGAGAAAUCAGCUCAGUACUUAGAUUGUAAUUUACAACUUUAUGUAUGAAUGUACAGACAAUCUGUUGUGAAUAAGUAGACUAUCAUAAUGUAGAAUUGGGCUGAAGGAGUAAUGGUAAGAGAUUACAAUCUUACCUGUACAGUAUCUGGGUCCUUCCACCAAUUCGAUGCCUUUUUAGAAGUGUAACUUGUGAUUUCACAAAAUGUUGACAUUCUGUCCUAAAGAGCACAUGUUCUGGCUGUGCUGUUGGCUGUUGUUGUUCACUGGCAGCGUGCUAAGAGCACAUGCCAUCUCAAGAGGUUAAAUAAAAAAAUUACUAUAGUUAGUGCCUAUUAAGAACCAAAUAAAUUCUCUGGGUUAAUCGUAUCAGGGUUGACCGUAACAGGGUUGAUCGUAUCAGGGUUGAUCGUAUCAGGGUUGAUCGUAUCAGGGUUGACGAUCUCGUCUUAAAUCAGCCAUAAAUCCCCUCGUGACAGUGGGAAUGGAAGCUUGUUGUGUGCAACAGGGAGUGGCAAUUGAAUGCAAGCUUCACACAAAAAAAUCUAGUUGCUAAAACAUUUCUAGCCUGUCUAUCUAUGGGUAACAGGGUUAUUUGUGUUAUGCUCGACCCAUUCGUUUUCUACCACAAAACAGAAAAUGGCCAAACAAGUAGAACCAGCUCACCUGCUUUUACACUAUGAUUUAACUAUUAGAUGUUCAAGGUUUAUUUUGUAAAGGAAUAGUUUCAACAUAUUCAAACGAGACGGUUGACCUUAAAAUGAGGGACAGAUGUAAAUAAAUCACUAAUCAAAUGAAAUAAAUAUCUUCAGAAAUGACUUAAAAUAGCUAGAGAUUUACAAUGAUGGAGAAAUGUUUGGAUUAAAUGGGUUGAAGUCUUCCUAGAAGUGACACAGGAUUGGCACUUUAGCAAGCCUUUAUUCAUAUUCAAAAAUCUUUUUUAUUGAAUUCUCCAUGCGGUCUAUAUUAAAGGGCACUUCAUUGAAUAUAACAGGCUUUUAAAAUCAAUAUUGGUGGACAAUUUCUACUUAAAAUAUCAAAAGGCACUCUUUGUGGAACGACCCAUCUGACAAAUACUUGUAUCUAUCCAUUCAGGUUUUUGAGUUUAAUUUACAUUUUUAUAUAAACCUAGAAAGAAAGAAUCAGAAAAAAAGUGUCCAGCCUUUUAUUGUGGUAUGAGAAAUUGUCCUGCUUAUUUCUGUGGUUGUCAAAUGAUGACUUGAUGUCUAGAUAAAAGCCCUAUAAAUGUAUUGGGGGAUUUCAUGUUUUUAGUCACCUAGAGCAAUACAUCCUUGAGUUCAUUCAUGUAAAUCCUAAUGAAUUGUGUAGGCAGAGUAGUCUUUGUGGCCAAAUACAAGUCUGGUAAAGGCAUCUAAACCCAUAACAAGUGUCCCUUUGUUCUAGCACUACUCUAUUCAUCAUGAGUCGGCUGUGUGAAUCCAGGCAUUGCUGCAGCUUUGAGAGCAACUCUGAGAGUUCCAUGCCCACCAGCUUUCAAUCACUGGGGAUGUCGGAGCUUGACAGUAGAAAGUAUUUUUUCUGACUAGAAGAAAAUAAGAGCCCUAAGCAAUAGUAGAUGAGCUGUUAGUAAGCACACAGUCCACUGGGAGUGAGUAUGGCAGCAUACUAUACAUAGUGCAUUGGUGAAGAAUAAAACAUGUGAAACAGGCAAUACUAGCCAGACUGGAGAUUAGAUCUUCAUUUAUUGAUAGAGGUCAGUGGUUUUAUUUUAACAUAACGUUAAAUACAUAUAUAGACAAAAAUAAAUUAAACAAUUAUAUUUUAUCGAUCUAGUUAAAAGCGAAAUGUAAUACUAUUAUUUGCAGAUAUUAAAGAUAUCCAAACUAUAGCCCCCCUCUCCCCCAAAUACAGUAAUAAACCAUGCCCAUCAUUGUAAUGAUCCACACCAGCAUGCAGGGCGAACUUUAGAGGAGGUGUGUUCACAGGGAAGUUAUGUGUCCUAAAGAGGCCCUAGUCAGUCGAUGGGAUCGAGCAGUGGCUGUUGUUCACUGGCAGCGUGCUAGGAUUAAUCCCAGCCUUACAGGAAGAAGACACCAUCUCUUUCUGCCUUGGUCAGAUCAAUAGGCAACAUUCUCUCCAGCACAGCAGUCAAUACCCAACACUUAAGGUGUCUGAGGAAACUAAAGAAUGCCAAUAAUUGUUAUUAAUGCCUAGGAUUUCCCCAAGUACUGCAUUUAUGGGGUAAUUCCGGUAUAACAGACAUUCAACCAACAUCACACACACCACACCAAUGCCCUCCGGAGACUUAUUUUAUACAUUUUAAGAAACCUAUACACAAAUACAAAGAUGGGGGAAAAAUCUACAAAAUGGAAGUGUAUCCUUUUUUCAAAUAAGUAUAGUGUUUGUAACCCAAUUAUAAAUGGUAUUGCUCUUUUGAGUCUGAUACUAUAAUGGUACUGAGUAGUGAGCUACAGCUCCGUGCUCUGGGUAAAACCUUGGCCCGUUCAGGCCUUAUGGAGAAAUUGGUCACACUGAAAUCCAAUAGGUGCUAGUUUAAUCAGUAUGCCUGAUAUGCCUUUGGUAUAUUAAGCAAUAAGGCACGGGGGUGUGGUAUAUGGCCAAUAUACCACGGCUACGGGAUGUUCUAAGACACAACGUAAUGCGGAGUGUCUGGAUACAGCCCUUAGCCGUGUUAUAUUGGCCAUAUACCACACACCCCCUGGUGCCUAAUUGCAUAAUAAUGCCACAAACCCCGAGGUGUCUUAUUGCUAUUAUAAACCGAUUAACAACAUAAAUAUAACGGUUUACAAGUAGUUUUGCGUUAUACCUGUGGUAAAUUCUGAUAUACACACAGCUGGAAUGCUGUCUCAGCAAAUCAGCAUCCAGGACCCAAACUACCCGGUUUAUAAUGGCAUUUAAUAAAAUGUUGAACAUUGUGUGUGUGUCUUUAAUAGCAGGCCACGUGCUG